GGAGCCCGGGAGAACCUGCCUGCGCUCCCAGAAGCCUCCAGUGCAGCUUGCCGGGAACGCACUUCCUGGGACUCUGAGGGAGACGCUCGGAGAGGCUGCUCGGACCGGGCGAGUGGUCUGCCCCGGGGUGAGGAACUGACCCAGAUCAUCUCUACUGUGUGUUCAGGUGUACCUGUAUUUCUUUUAAGUUGAUUAAAGCUAUUUUAAAACAUCAGGUACCUCAUAGUCUGACUGCCAGGACUGCACAGCUUUCCUGCCAUGGGCUGUCGGGAUGUCCACGCGGCCACAGUCCUCUCCUUCCUGUGUGGAAUUGCCUCAGUAGCAGGUCUCUUCGCGGGGACUCUGCUUCCCAACUGGAGAAAGUUACGACUGAUCACGUUCAACAGGAAUGAGAAGAACCUGACUGUGUACACAGGCCUGUGGGUGAAAUGUGCCCGGUACGACGGGGGCGAUGACUGCCUGAUGUACGACACUACCUGGUACUCAUCAGUUGACCAGCUGGACCUGCGUGUCCUCCAGUUUGCCUUGCCCCUCAGCAUCCUCAUCGCCAUGGGUGCCCUGCUGCUGUCCCUGAUUGGAAUGUGCAACACUGCCUUCAGGUCCUCCGUGCCUAACAUCAAACUGGCCAAGUGCCUAGUCAAUAGUGCAGGCUGCCACCUGGUGGCUGGGCUGCUCUUUUUCUUGGCAGGUACCGUAAGCCUCUCUCCAUCCAUCUGGGUUAUCUUUUACAACACCCACCUGAACAGGAAAUUUGAGCCUGUCUUUUCGUUUGACUACGCAGUGUAUGUCACGAUCGCCAGUUCGGGGGGCUUGUUCAUGACCUCUCUUUUGCUGUUUAUUUGGUACUGUGUCUGUAAAUCCUUACCCUCUCCUUUCUGGCAGCCACUGUACUCCCAUCCUGCCAGUAUGCACACUUACUCACAGCCCUAUUCAGCCCGCUCCCGCCUCUCUGCCAUUGAAAUUGACAUUCCAGUAGUUUCCCAUGCCACCUAAUGGGGACUUAGUUGUUAGAAACAACAACAAAAAAAUCUUAUAGCCUCACAGUCCCCCUUGUGCAAGGAACAUUUUUGGACCUACAUCCAUUUUUCUUUGUUUCUGACCAGUGAAGCCAAAUUUGUAUGUCCUGUUGUUAGAAUGAAGUGCUGCUAGUUUUUAUGAGAAGUACCUUAUUUUAAAUGUGAAUCCUUCCUAUUAUCUUG